AACCUCAUUGGGGUAAAGCAGAUGUUGUGCUGUCCAGCAGGGGGCGGUAAAAACCGACAACAAAUCUGACCGAAGAAGAAGAACUACAUAAACAAGAGGAGAAACCUUCUCACAUCAACAAGAGACGAAGCGCUACAAAUUGACACAAAACAUAUAUUUAUCUCUGGAGAGGUCAUUUAGUAUCAGUAACAAUACAAUUAUAUAGUUAAUUCCUUUUUUUUAACUGUAAUCUUGUCAGAAUACAGUUUACGACGGUACGCGUUUUUUCUACUAGCAUUAGCGGCUAAUGCUAGCACAUGACGCAAGAAGCUACAGCAUAUAAUAAUAGGAAUAUUUUUAACGCAUUUCGGUUUAAAGUGAAAUAAAUAUUGUAAUAAAAUGACUCGUCAUGGAAAGAACUGUACUGCUGGAGCCGUCUACACCUACCAUGAGAAAAAGAAAGAUACAGCUGCAUCUGGUUAUGGGACACAGAGUGUUCGUUUGGGCAAAGACGCCAUCAAAGACUUUGACUGCUGCUGCCUGUCCCUGCAGCCCUGCCAGGACCCCGUGGUGAC